CCGCAGCAGCAUCAGCAGCAGCAGCAACAGCAGUCACCACCCCCUUUUCGCGCGUCGUCCUUGACUUAUCUCGCCGCGCGCCCACGACAUCCAUCCCCACCCACACACGUCUAGUCGACGCAUACCUCGUCCAACACAUCCGUGCGGAGCACGGACACGUGUAACACCCCCCAGUUUGCGAGGACCAUUCGCUUUGCAUUGGCCUGAACAAUCGCCCUCUGUCCGCGACAAGUCCACGACGACACACACACAACACACCCUACACACACACUGCACCGCUGUCGUCUUCCUCGACACCUCUAUCGACUUGGCAUCCCCUUUCCACACAUCCCAUGUCGACUCAUCAUACCAGCCCGAAGCGGGUUGGCGUCGGCGCCAUUCGCCAUCCCCAAGCAGAGUACACCGGGGCAACUCCAAUGAGCAGCACCGCCGACUUGCCCAUUAGCAACACGUACUCGAUCAAGCCUUCGCGCAACUCGACUGGGUACGCGACGGGAUCCGACUACUCGCUGGGAAUGACGGCCACGACGAGGGCGCCAAACGCCAUGCUCGCUAGCCCCCCUUCCGCCUUCCGCACCCAGGAGAUCACCCCCAACUUUGCCGCGCCUUCACACCCAUCCACGUCAAGGCAGUACUCUGACACGUCGCUGGCUCCGUCGCAGUCGUCGUCGUCUUACGGCCAGUACUCGGCGUCCAAUUCGCCAAACCUCAACAGGCACUCGUACACGCUGAAUCCCGGACCCCAGGCGCCCCAGCCUCCACGUCCCGUUCGUUCCGGCACCCUGCCUGCUGGCGAGCACCCGGGUGCUGGCCUCAACGGCCACUAUGCCAACCCCACCUACUCAAUGAUCAGCCCCAACAACGGUACCUAUGGAGCCCCCUCCAUCCCAUCGGUGCCGGUGGUGCCAUUCCAGAGUGGACCGCUGGAGCAGAGCUUCGAGUCAAAGCUCUCGUUGGGUCCAACCAUCCCCGUCCAGAUGGGGCAGGACGCGCCAAAGGACACUGGUGCUCCUCCCACCGUUCGCGCCCGCAGUGGUACUGGCAAGAGCUCCAAGGACAAGAAGUCCGUCUUUGGAUUCAUGAGUGACCUCCUGAACAACUCGAACACCAAGCAGCCGGUCAUCUCGACACCAUACGACCCGAUUCACCUCACUCACGUUGGUUUCGACUACAACACUGGCCAGUACACUGGUAUGCCCCAGGAGUGGCAGAAGAUUCUUGACGACAACGGCAUCACCCGUGCCGAGCAAGAGGAGAACCCCGACAAGGUCUUGGCUGUGGUCCAGUUCUACCAGAACCGCGACGCUCCCGAGGCUGCGGAUGACGAGGAUGUGUGGAACAAGAUGCGUGGCGUCCAGCCAAGCCACCACAUGUCGCCAGGCAGCUCGCCACAACCGCCCUCGACAGACAUGUCGCGAGAGAACAGCAACGACAAUGGCUUCGACCCGCACACCUUCCACAACCCUCGUGCGGCCCCCGCGCCUCCCCUUGGCUCUCAGACCAACUUGCGCGCCGAGCGUGCCGCGCCAAGUGCUCCUGGCCAGAAGCCCCGUGUGCCUCAGUCGUCGUCGCCAUCGACUCAGCCGCUCGCCCCCUCGACUCUCGAUCGCUCCAUCUCGCAGCGCGCCCCUUCCAACACGUCGUCAAAGCCGCUCGACCGCUCCAUCUCUACCCGUGCCCCACCAACGCAAAAGCCAUCGCCGCCCCUCCACAAGUCGCAGUCGCAGUCUGGCCGCCGCAGGGAGCGCGAACGCGAGCGUGAGCCGACUCCUGGUGCUAGCACUCCCGCCGGUGGUGUCGCGCGCUCCACGACCAAGGGUCGUGAGGCUGGUGCGCCGCGCCGACGAGACAAGGCCAAGGAGAACGAGGAGGUCAUUCGCCAGCUGCAGACGAUCUGCUCGCCCGGUGACCCCAACCUUAUCUACAAGAACCUUGUCAAGAUUGGUCAAGGUGCUUCGGGCGGUGUCUUCACCGCCUACGACCGCAGCCAGACGCCGGUCGCCAUCAAGCAGAUGAACCUUGAGAAGCAGCCCAAGCAGGACCUGAUCAUCAACGAGAUUCUCGUCAUGAGGGAGUCUGCCCACCCCAACAUUGUCAACUUCAAGGACUCGUACCUCUGGAAGGGUGACCUUUGGGUCGUCAUGGAGUACAUGGAGGGUGGUUCUCUUACCGACGUGGUCACUGCCCACUGCAUGUCGGAGGCACAGAUUGCCGCCGUCAGCCGUGAGACCUGCGAGGGUCUGCGUCACCUGCACUCCAAGGGUGUCAUCCACCGUGACAUCAAGAGUGACAACAUCCUGCUCUCUCUCAAUGGAGAUGUCAAGCUCACCGACUUUGGCUUCUGUGCCCGUAUUGCCGACCCGAUGUCGACCAAGCGCACGACCAUGGUCGGCACCCCCUACUGGAUGGCACCCGAGGUUGUCACCCGCAAGGAGUACGGACCCAAGGUCGACAUCUGGUCUCUGGGUAUCAUGGCGAUUGAGAUGCUCGAGGGCGAGCCACCCUACCUCAACGAGAACCCUCUCCGCGCGCUCUAUCUCAUUGCGACGAACGGCACACCCAAGAUCAAGGACUGGGACAAGCUGUCGAGUGUCUUCCGCGACUACCUCCAGAGAUGUCUCACGGUCGACUCGGAGAAGCGCCCAUCUGCAGAGCAGCUGUUGGGCCACGAGUUCUUCAAGUACGCGGCCAAGCUCUCGAGCCUGUCUGGUAUGAUCAAGAGCGCCCGCAAGGGCAACUAGGUCAAGCCACAACCGCAACUACCUACCCAGAAGCCUGCCCGCAAGGGCAGCUAGGCAGAAGACACUGCCUUGUCGCGUCGACGACGCCUAACCCCCGCCAUUUUCUCAUCUGUCACUCAAAACCGUGUCCAUUGCAUCCGUGCUGCUCCAUCCGGCUCCCAUCCGCCUCCCAUCCGACUCCGCCAUCCGCAUCUAGUCUAGGCCCCCUUGUAUACAGUUUUCUCUCAUCAUGCGCAGAAAACAAGUCGUCGUAGUCUGCCAUUGAAAUGAAAUGCCUG